AUGCCCACGUACCUGUCACUCUCAGAGGCCGCUGAAGGGCAGAGGGCAGAGGGCGCCCCCCUGCCACAGACGCAGCACGGCACACGUGUGACAGGGCUGGCGCUGACAACGGCCACAACGCAGCACCGCGGCUUCAGACUGCCUUGCAUCUCAGGAGGCCUUGCGGCAAGCCAUGCAGGUUGCAAAGCAAGGUGCGAGCAUGGAGAAGGAAGAUCAAGCUUGCCUGCAAAGCAGCUUCAAUUCGACGCCCGCGUUGCCCAUGACACUGCAACGGGGCCUUAUAUGAAGAAAGCCCUGCAUGACCACUGCAGGCACAAGCAGGCGAGAAGCUUCCGGAGGGGCAUUGCCCAGGACCAGGCCGGCAUUGGCACCGAAGCCUCCCUUCGAGCAACUCUCAGCCGCGCCCUGGCCGACGUGGCCGAUGCGUCACAACGGAGAGUCGUUGAAGGAUCCGCGGCUUGGCACUACUUCGCCUGCGAGCCAGGAGCCACCUGGAGCUCAAUCUGCGUCGAGUUCGGAGUGCAGAAAGCAUACUAA